GUUUCCGGUGUUGUGGAUGUUCCUGGAAACAUGGCGGCCAGCUUCCGCGGCCGUCCUAUCCGGAGUCUUCGGAUGCGAGGUCGGAAUGACAGCGGGGAAGAGAACGUACCGCUGGAUCUGACCAGAGAACCAUCAGAGAACUUGAGAGAAAUCCUUCAGAAUGUGGCCAAACCACACGGAGUCAGUAACAUGCGUAAACUUGGCCACCUGAACAACUUUGUCAAGCUUCUCUGCAGCAUCGGUCAUCAUGAGGAAAUUUUUGGGUUUACAUACGAAGAAAUCAUUGUUUGUCUGCGACUAGCUUUACUUAAUGAGGCCAAGGAAGUGCGUGCUGCAGGGUUGCGGGCACUCCGCUACCUCAUUCGAGACACCAUUGUACUGCAGAAGGUCAUCAGACUACAAGUGGAUUAUUUGAUAGCCAGGUGCAUUGACAUCCAGCAGAGCAACGAAGGGGAAAGGACGCAAGCUCUAAGACUAGUCAGAAAGAUCAUUACUGUCAAUGCAAUGCUUUUCCCCACCUCUGUUGCAAACUCUCUUAUUGCUGUGGGGACUGAUGGACUACAAGAGAGAGACCGAAUGGUCCGUGCGGCCAUCGCCAUCAUUUGUGAGCUAGCCCUGAAGAACCCAGAGGUAGUUGCCAAGCGGGGAGGUCUCAGCACUAUCUUGAAGAGUGUGAUUGACUGUCAGCUGAGUCGCAUCAAUGAAGCUCUGAUUACCACCAUACUACAUCUUCUCAACCACCCACGUACCCGUCAAUACGUGCGCAUCGAUGUAGAGUUAGAGCAAAUCCUCGCGCCUUUCACAGAUUUUCACUACCGUCACAACGCAGACAUGGCUGACGGCCAACUCAAAGAGGACAAAGAGGCACGUUUCUUAUCGAGUAGAAUGGCCAUAGUGGCAGCUUUCCGUUCUUGGUCAGGGAUUAUCAACCUAUGCAAGGCUGGAAAUUCCGGAAUCCAAUCUUUAAUUGGGUUACUUUGCAUACCAAAUAUGGAAGUUAGGAAAGGCUUGUUGGAGGUGUUAUACGAGAUAUUCAGGCUCCCUGUGCCCAUCGUAACCCAAGACUUCACUGAGGCUCUUUUAAGUGUUGACCCUGCCAGGUUCCAGGAUACAUGGAGACUCUCAGAUGGGUUUGUUGCUGCUGAAGCCAAACUUGUUCUGCCCCACCGGGCUCGCUCACGACCCGAUUUGAUGGACAACUACUUAGCAUUUGUGCUGUCUGCCUUCAUCACCAGUGGACUGCUUGAGGGUCUUGUAGAAGUGGUGACAAGCAAUGAUGAUCAGCUUGCAGUCAGAGCCACCAUUAUCUUGGGCGAGCUUCUACAUAUGGCAAACACCAUCCUUCCACACACUCACAGUCACCACCUGCACUGCCUACCCACCCUCAUCAACAUGGCUGCCUCCUUUGACAUCCCACAGGAAAAACGACUUCGGGCAAGUGCAGCUGUCAACAACCUGAAGCGUUUCCACGAGAGAAAGAAGAAAGGCCUGAAACCACAUAGUCUCUAUCUGGACCACAUUAUCCGCAAGUCUGUGUCCUCACAUAGCCGCAGAGAGUCACACUCUCGGGUACAAAGGGACAUCUAUGUCAUAAAGGACACAGAGGAAGCACUGAUGAUGAAUUUGAGAGACAGUCACAUUCUCAACCACAAGCAGAACCUAGAGUGGAACUGGUUGCUUAUUGGCACUAUCCUUAAGUGGCCGCAUGUAAAUCUCAGGAAUAACAAAGACGAACAGAUGCACAAGUUUGUGCGGAGGUUGCUGUACUUUUACAAGCCCAGCAGUAAAUUGUACGCAGGGCUGGCCCUGGAUCACCUUAAAGCAAGACAACUCACUGUGGUUGGAUGCCAAUUUGUUGAGUUCCUCAUGGACUCAGAUGAGGAUGGCCAAGGUUACUUGGAGGACCUGGUGAGAGAUAUGGUAUCGUGGCUAUCUUCUUCUGCAGGCCUAAAGCCUGAGCGCUGCCUGCAGAGUAAUGGCCUGCUCACCACACUUAGCCAACACUACUUUCUCUUCCUGGGGACACUCUCUGCACACCCUCAGGGAGUCAAACUAUUGGAGAAAUGUGGCCUGUUUCAGUGCCUGCUGAAUCUAUGCUCAGUGAAGAACCAAGAUGCUGUGCUAAAACUUGCUGUAGCCACACUGGACUACAGCAGAGAUGGUCUGGCAAGAGUGAUCCUUUCAAAGAUACUCACCGCUGCUACUGAUACCUGCAGACUGUAUGCCACCAAGCAUCUCCGUGUACUGCUGCGAGCAGGUGUGGAGUUCUUUAGCAGCUGGGGCAUGGAGCUGUUGGUCACACAGCUCCACGACCAUAGCAAGGCUGUGUCCAUGGAGGCCCUCGACAUUCUGGAUGAGGCCUGUGAGGACAAGGCCAAUCUUCAUGCGCUAAUUCAGCUGAAACCUGCUUUGUCCCACCUGGGAGACAAAGGCCUCUUGCUGCUCCUCAGGUUCCUGUCCAUACCUAAAGGUUUCUCAUACCUCAACGAGAGGGGUUAUGUCAGCAAACAGCUUGAUAAAUGGCAGAAGGAAUACAACUUAAAAUAUGUGGACCUGAUUGAGGAGCAGCUCAACGAAGCACUAACAACCUAUCGCAAACCUGUUGAUGGAGAUAACUAUGUCAGACGCAGCAACCAAAGGUUACAAAGACCAAAUGUCUUUCUCCCUGUGCACUUGUAUGGGCAGCUAGUCCAUGAUAAGACAGGCUGCCAUCUUUUGGAGGCUCAGAGUAUAGUUCCUGACCUCAGCUACACGGUUCGCUCCCCGAUGCUGGACACCUGGGAGGGCAUCAAACAGCUGAAGGCUGCUCUUUGGGCUCUGGGCAACAUUGGCUCCUCAAACUGGGGCCUGAAUCUCCUCCAUGAGGAGAAUGUCAUCCCUGACAUCCUUGCAUUAGCUCAGCAGUGUGAGGUGUUGUCAGUACGAGGUACAUGUGUUUAUGUGCUGGGAGUGAUCUCCAAGACCAGACAGGGGUGUGAGCUGCUAAAGCAGUACGGUUGGGAUGCAGUCAGACACAGCCGCAGGACGUUGUGGCCAGUCACUCCAGAUGAAGUCGAAACACAGCUAACCUCAGAACUCUCGUCGGUGCCAAGCACGCUCAGUCUCAACUCUGAAUCCACAAGCUCCCGCCAUAACAGUGAGAGCGAGUCUCAACCAAACAUGUACAUACUGGAUGAUGACAAGUGUGAUCUUCUGGACCAGUCAGAUGACGCACCUUUCUAUGUACACACCAAGCCUGUCAAGGACCGCAGCCCCUUCACGAUCCUGGCCUCCACACGCUUUGUUCGUGCACGUUUCCUCAACUCCCUGUCUCUUCCAAGCAAGAAGCUGCGUUCCACUAGUGAUCCUAAGGCCCCCACAGGCUCCCGCACCCCAACUGAACUCAAGACCGGAAGUAUGAGGCGUAACCGGACAGUGACAGAGCCCUCUGUUUACAUCCCAAACCAGAGUGACGUUUUCACCACUGUGUUCAUUGGCAGAGGAAUGCCAAAGAGUCCUACUGUCAGCUUGGAAACGUCAUUUGUUGGGACCAGAGGGGGAUCUGAAGAGCAUCUUGUGGAUGGAAGGCUGGCAAGGGGAGGAGGCUCAGGGCUGGGACUCAGUGGCCUUGGAGGUCACAUGGAGCAUCCCAGUCGAGAUCGAGAGCAGAGCAGUCGGGAGCGUCUAACAGGAGGAGACGGUGGUUCCUCAUCGAGUGGCGGUAAUGUGGGAGGCGGAGGAGGCGGUGGGGGCACGCAGUUCAAAAGCCGCAGUCAGAGCUUUAACACGGACACCACAACCAGUGGCAUCAGCUCCAUGAGCUCUAGCCCAUCCAGGGAAACUGUUGGGAACCCUGAACAUUCCGAACCUGAACCAGAUUCUUCUGACUGUGUCAGCCUCAACACAGUUGUAUCAGCCAAGACUGUCAAAACCCUGUCCCCUUUGGCUCCCCAGGCUCAGACCAACCACAUGUCUGCAUGUAAGUCCUCCACUGUCUCUUUGGUACCACCCGGCUCCUCGCACACACUCCCCAGGCGAGCUCAGUCCCUCAAGUCCCCCUCAGUGACCACCAUCAAGAGCCUGGCUGACUGCAGCUUCAUGUACACCAGCCCAAGAGAUGCUCUGGGCUACGCUACACUGAAGCGCCUACAACAGCAGAGGAUACACCCAUCUUUGUCCCACAGUGAAGCACUGGCUUCGCCUGCAAAAGAUGUGCUCUUCACAGACACCAUCACCAUGAAGACUGGGAGCUUGGACUCCAGGCUAACACCUCGAAGGAUAUCAGAUAGGAGAUGUACCUGCCCAGAGUCCAGCAUCAUAAAUCCUUACCGCAGACUAUCCAGAACACUGGUGCCACGUCUCUCCCCCCAGAUCCUCUCACGCACCUCUCCUCUUAACCUCCCUAGGUUCCUCAAGGCCCUCAGCUUUGCUUCUCUUGAUAAAGAGGAGCUCCUCAGCCCCAUCAACCAGAGCACCCUUCAGCGCUGCUCAUCGGUGCGCUCCAUGGUCUCUAGCGCCACCUAUGGGUGCAGUGAUGACUACAUCGGCCUCGCAUUGCCAGUGAACAUCAAUGAUAUGUUCCAUAUCAGAGACACAGCGUACUUUCAACAGAGGAUCAGUCCACCGUCAGAGGAGAGGAAACGCUUCCUCUUUGGCGACGGAGAUGGCGAUCGUCCUGCAGUCCCAAUACUGAAGCAACAGUUCAGUAUCUCAGAGCUGAUUGUGAACCGAGGCGACUGCCCGAACCACACGGUGGGCUCAGAUGAGACCGGACUGCAGGAUCACACGGAGGAGAACUGCCUCUACUGUGUAGGAGCCAUUGUCCUCGGAUAUCCUGCACAGCCACCCACCAACAGCACGCAGCCUCGAACAGACUAUGUGGACUUUCCGUCCUGGGGAGGUCAGACCGGCCAUCGUCUGGAAGUGAUGCCUCAGUCCAAGUACUCUGGUGUGUCAGGAUGCAGCGACGCCGCCGUGUCACAAGGCUCCAUCUGUGGCACGCCCACGCCGAGUGACAUUGUCAUUGGCGGCAAGGCCAUAUCAGAGGACGGACCGGCCUCGCGUGUCCUGCUGAGGAAGGAGGUGCUUCGCCUCAUUAUCAACCUCAGCUCGUCUGUUGGGACCAAAGGCCACGAAACUGGACUUCUCACGAUAAAGGAGAAGUUUGCAUAUGCAUUUGAUGACAUUUGCCUGUACUCCGAGGUGUCCCACCUCUUAGCUCACUGUAUGUUUCGCCUGACCUCCAGACGUUUCAUACAGGAGCUUUUCCAGGAUGUACAGUUCAUGCCAAUGUACGAAGAGGCAGAGGCAAUACUGACCAAGCUACCAAAAGCUGUUGAACUAGACGGGGAGCCUCCUGUAGAAUCCUGAUCAUCCUCCUCCCCUCUGUGUGUCCCCUAAUCAUGCCACCCUACACACUAUGACCCAUGAAGGACUGAAGGGGUGGGAGAACAUUUGGCAUGCUUCUGUUGCUGAAAACAGAGAACAAGUAGCCAAGAAACGGAUAGGAGAGGAGGGGGAAGGAACAUAAUUCGCCAUUCUUUCAGCAAACAGGAGCUGGAAAUGAAGAUCGGUAUGCCUAAUGCUGUUUCAGUUUUUUUAAUGGGCAAAAAAGAGGAGCAGUUGAACCAAAUACUGUGUUCAGAUGGGGUUGGCAAUCAUGAGAAACACUCAAUAAUACAUCACAAUGACAAACUGGCUCAAAAGGACAAAAGAAAAAAGAUUCUGUUGACAUUUUCUCUCCUUGCAGAGGUUGUGACAUAUUGUUUACCCAGUGACUCCUCACAUCAUGUGUGCUUUUCUCCUUCUGAAACAAAACACUAAAAAGGGUCCUGCUGUUUUUUUUUUGUUUGUUUUUUGUUUUUACAUAUCUGGUUUGUAUUUCACCACCCAUUUUCCGUCUGGUCUGUAGUUUCCUUUUCUAUUUCUUGUAUCUCAGACAAUCAAGCAUCUGUGGUAUUGUGUCAUAUUCAGCACUAUACAGUAAACGCCACCCUUACGCAGUACAUGGGGAGAUUAGCAUGUCAUUUUAUGCUAGUUAUUACCAUCCUUAAUGUUUUUCUUCAGCCCUUGCAUUGUUGGUCAGCAUGAGUUUUCUGGUCAGGGGGUGUGUUGAUCUUGGCUUGACAUUGUGUAGAAUGACUUAUGACAGAUUUAGCACCUCCUGCCUUUCCUCUGUGCUUCACUCCCUCUGCAUGUGUAACACGCAUGGGCCAAGUUGUCACCUUAACUUUUUUUUUUUUUUGUUAAGAUAGGUUGCCAUUAAAUGCUGCCAUUAUAUUGUCAGAGUAGAAAUACCCUAGACUCUUGUUUCCACGAUACAUUAUCACUGUCUGUGGCUGAGAUGGAAGAGGAGGGAAGGGGAAAUGAUCAGGACAAGGUUUCCAUGGAGACAGGAUGCAACUCAUCUCUUUUUCCAUUGGCUUGUUUUUUGCUCUAAUGCUGCUACACAAAUGGACUCAUAGAGAGAUGAUUCAUAGAUCGGCUGAGUGAUGUCAGAUCCGAUCUAUUUAUUAUAUGUCUGUACCAUAGCGUGAGCUCAACCAGAGAAGAAAAAAAUUAUUUAUAUUUUUCCUCAAGACUGUAUUAUAAUUUAAUAAGUUUUUUUUGCCUGAAUUGUGGUUUCCCCUGUAUAUUGUGUACAGUAUGUUUUGGGGGGCGUUGAUGACCUAAAGAAACAUAGAAUCCUAUCAAAGGGAUGCAUUGUUAAUAAAAA